AUGGCCCACGCACGCCAACGCUGCCUCCUCAUUACCUUCGACGCGUUCGCGACUCUGUUUCAUCCUCUCCACCCCAUUCCCGAAAUAUACGCCUCAGUAGCCAACUCGUACAGACUGAGCGGAACGCCCAUAGCUCCUGCUGCAUUACAGACAGCCUUCAAAAAAGCAUACAAAGCCGAGAGUAAAGCCUAUCCGAACUAUGGCCGAGAAAUGGUACUGCGUGGCGAAUAUGGAGGGCCAAAACAAUGGUGGACUGGUGUUAUCAAAUCGACGUUUGCGAAUGCUCUGGAUAAACCGGAUUUGCAGUUGCCUGGUGGAAUGGUUGAUCGGUUGAUUGAGAUUUAUGCUAGUAAAGAGGGCUACGCGCUAUACGAAGAAGUUCGGCCUUUUUUUGACCAGCUCAGGGAAUAUAAGACUCAGCAGCCCGUGUUCGAUUGUAUCGUGACGGGUAUCAUAUCGAACUCGGACGAUCGCGUUUCUACCGUGUUGAGAUCAUUGGGCCUGUCGGUAGGACGGGCUCGUGCUGACGAAGAUCGAUCUAGUACACUACUGCCGGGGUUCGAAGAGGCUACUACUACGAAUUUGGAAGAGGAAGGAUUUUAUUCAAAAGAUCUCAAUAUGGUCAUUACCAGCUACGAGGCAGGUCAAGAAAAGCCGAAUCGACUGAUCUUCGAUGUAGCAGCUCGGCAAGUCAACCGCCUUCUGGGCGCGGCCAAAUGGACCCAAUAUGAUUUGGACAAUAUUGACUGGACGCGCAUACAUGUUGGAGAUGAUUUUGCGAAAGAUUACCAAGGCGCGACGGAUGCUGGUUGGCAUGGGAUUUUACUUGAUCGAGACAAUACAUUCACCGACAGUUCGGACGUGGAAGUUAUCAAUUCAUUAGAGGCGCUGCUUCCCAAAAUACAAAGACACGCAACCAGCUGA